AUGGUUGUGCUAACAUCGGCUCAAAAUCGUUAUCGUAAUCGUAAUGGAGCCUCAAAUCGUAAUCGCGGCAACAAUGAUGCGACUGAACAAGGUCGCACCUUGGGUCUUAUACGUCCACUUUUGGGUCUAGGUCUAAGUACUAUUGCUAGGCCAUUUACACCGUUUGGUUUUGAUGCACCUAUUGCACCAGCUGCAUCAUCUGGUGCUGCACAAUCUGAUCCCUAUUAUGGGGGCUAUGGUGGUUAUACUCCCAACUAUUUUGGAGGUUAUAAUUAUUUCGGUGGCUAUCCUGCAUACCGACCUUUUGGUGGUUAUCCUCCUCUACCUUUCUUUGGUGGUUAUAGACCUCAAGUUUAUCCUGGAAACUAUGGCGGCUAUCCUCAAUACAAUGGCUACGGCGCCCAACGUCCUCUUUAUAGCAAUUCUAGACCAAGUCCUAUUGCUCAACGUCCCAAUGUGGGACUACCAUCUAGUCUGUCACCUACAAGUUCAUCUGUUACCGCACCAAUGACUGGCAGUGGUACUGCAAAUCCUCAAGCAGCUCAAGUAGCAAACUUGUUGGGUCAACUUUUAGGUCAACAAUUGCGUCCACUUUUAAAUCAAGGUGCUGCUUCACCAGCUCAUGAUGUUCCCGGUGUUGCUCCUAGUAGUUUGCAAGAAAGACGCUACAGAAAUCGUAAUUAUUCAGGUUAA